UCAUAGCUUAAAUUUGAGCCAUGGGAGAGCAUAUGGCUCCGACUCGCUGCCGAGAGGAAGUGUUGCUUUGUUGUGAACAGGCGGCGCUGCGGCCGGCGGAAGAGGAGGUCGCCCAGCCCAGUCUGUGCUCGCUGGUGCACAGAAGCGAGGAGACAGGGGAGGAAGACGGAGAGAAGGAAGGAGAAAGACGGCGUUGCUCGGGGAAAGGGAAGGCUACUAUAAUGGCCGCCAAGUCCGAUGGGGUUAUAAAAAUGAAAAAGAGCGAUGUGGCGUUCACUCCGCUGCAGAACUCGGACCACUCGGGUUCGGUGCAAGGGCUCAACCCAGGAUCUCAGCCGGACUCGGGCACGGGAGAGGGGGACUUUGUGAAUGCGGACUCGCGCUGCUGCGGCUCCUCCUCGACGUGUCUUCGUCUCGGCAGGGAGCAGCAGAAGUGGACGGUCUGGGACGCUCUCUGGAUUCUUGCCGCGGUCGCGGUCUAUUUAGCCGACGUGGGCACGGACGUGUGGCUCUCCGUCGACUAUUACCUCCGUCGCGAAUACUGGUGGUUCGGCCUCACGUUGUUUUUUGUGGUGCUCGGCUCAAUUUCGGUCCAAGUGUUCAGCUUUAGGUGGUUCGUUCAGGAUUUCAGCACCGAGGAGAGCUCGAGCGCCGCCAGUUGCUCUCACGUGGACGGGAAGCUCCUGAGCGGCUCGGCGUCUCACGGGGACGUGGGCGCCCACCCGUCUACACCCCAGAGACAAGCGUCCACCGCCAGCAAGAGCAACGCCACGACGAACAGCACCAACACCAACAGUACCAACAGCACCGCCGCGACCCGGACUAAGAAAAGGUCGACGUCCCUGGCGUUCUGCAUUUGGUUCAUGCAGUCGGUAAUUCACACUCUGCAGCUGGGGCAGAUAUGGAGGUACUUCCACACGCUGUACCUGGGGGUGCAGAGCAGGCGUAGCGGGGAGCAGGACCGGUGGCGGUACCACUGGAGGAUGGUGUACGAAUACGCUGACGUCAGCAUGCUGCACCUGCUGGCCACCUUUCUGGAGAGCGCCCCCCAGCUGGUCCUCCAGCUCUGCAUCAUCAUCCAUACACACACACUGCAGGCACUGCAAGGUAUGACGGCAGCAGCGUCGCUGGUCUCCCUGGCGUGGGCGCUGGCGUCGUACCAGAAGGCCCUGCGGGACAGCCGCGACGACAAGAAGCCCCUGAGCCACCUGGCGGUGGUGCUGCAGUUCUGCUGGCACUUCUUCACCAUCGCGGCGCGCGUGGUGACCUUCGCCCUCUUCGCCUCCGUGUUCCAGCUCUACUUCGGCGUCUUCAUCGUGCUGCACUGGUGCGCCAUGACCUUCUGGAUCGUGCACUGCGAGACCGAGUUCUGCGUCAGCAAGUGGGAGGAGAUCGUCUUCGACAUGGUGGUGGGCGUGGUCUACAUCUUCAGCUGGUUCAACGUGAAGGAGGGCCGCACGCGCUGGCGGCUGCUGGCGUACUACGCGGCGGUGCUGCUGGAGAACGCCGCGCUCAGCGCGCUCUGGUACCUGUACCGGUCGCCCACGGCGACCGAGGCCUUCGCCGUGCCGGCGCUGUGCGUGGUGUUCAGCAGCUUCCUGACGGGCGUGCUCUUCAUGCUGAUGUACUACGCCUUCUUCCACCCCGACGGCGCCCGCUUCUCCCGCUCCGCCAGCUGCAUCCUGGACGACCCGUCCGCCGCCGGCUUCGGCCUGCCACCGGAGGGCGCCACCAACUCGCUGCGCUCCAACCGGGGGGGCGUGACCGUGGCUGCUGCGGCGGCGGCGGCGACGGCGGCGGGCGGGGGGGCGGACCCUAAGUACUCGGAGCGGGACGGGUUCGCGCCCGUGUUCCAGGUGCGCCCCACGGCGCCCUCCACGCCGUCCUCGUCCCGCGCCCCGCGGACGGAGGAGACGCUGAUUCGGGUGGACCUGUGCCGGAGCCGCUACCCGGCCUGGGAGAGGCACGUGUUGGACCGCGGCAUCCGCAAGGCCGUGCUGGCUGCCCAAUCGGGGGCCGCGCCCCCCCGCCUGCAGUACAGGGACGACGCGCUGAUGCAGGAGCGCCUGGAGUACGAGACCACCCUCUAGGGGGCGCCGCUGGGGGGGGAGGGACAGACAGAACAGCCAGACCCCCUCCCUCCUGAGGGGGGAGGGACAGACAGAACAGCCAGACCCCCUCCUGAGGGGGGAGGG